GGGAGCUGCAGGGUAACUUUUCCCAGGGAAAGCGGCCGGUCGUCCCCACUAGAAGCCACCCAGCCUUUUGUUUGUUUUCCUGCCGGAGGCUGGAAAACGGCCGGGUUCCUGCUGCACUACCAUGCGCCGUGCGGCCCGUGCGACUCGCCGGACCUCGCGGGCGUCCCCGCACGGAGCCCUCGGCCGGUCCUAGCAGGGAUUGUCCCCAUUUCCAGUUCCCGAGCGGCGGCUGCGCCCAGGAGCUGCGCUCACCGCAGGGGCGGGCCCCCGCCUGUGUUCGCGGCGCCAGCAGAAGACUGAUUUUUGAAAAUAUGUAUUUGGAAGAUAGUCACGUCCUGUUGAAUACUUUGUGCUGGUGCUGCCAUCGAAAAAUCUGGUUACACUCUGGGGAGGGCUGCUACUGCUGCAGGACUGAACCGCUUCGGCCGUGAGAUGAGUGUCUGGCCUGAGCAGGCACACCAUGAAUAGAUACACAACAAUCAGGCAGCUCGGGGAUGGAACCUACGGUUCCGUCCUGCUGGGAAGAAGCAUUGAGUCUGGGGAGCUGAUUGCUAUUAAAAAAAUGAAAAGAAAGUUUUAUUCCUGGGAGGAAUGCAUGAACCUUCGGGAGGUUAAGUCUUUAAAGAAGCUCAACCAUGCCAAUGUAGUCAAAUUAAAAGAAGUUAUCAGGGAAAACGAUCAUCUUUAUUUUAUCUUCGAGUACAUGAAGGAGAAUCUUUACCAGCUCAUUAAAGAAAGAAAUAAGUUGUUUCCUGAGUCUGCUAUAAGGAAUAUCAUGUAUCAGAUAUUACAAGGACUUGCAUUUAUUCACAAACACGGCUUCUUCCAUCGAGACUUAAAACCUGAGAACCUCCUCUGCAUGGGACCAGAACUUGUGAAAAUUGCAGACUUUGGUUUGGCCCGAGAAAUCCGAUCAAAACCUCCAUAUACAGAUUAUGUAUCUACCAGAUGGUACAGGGCUCCAGAAGUACUCCUGAGGUCUACCAACUACAGCUCCCCCAUUGACGUCUGGGCUGUGGGCUGCAUCAUGGCUGAGGUGUACACCCUCAGGCCACUCUUCCCUGGGGCCAGUGAAAUUGACAUGAUAUUCAAAAUUUGCCAAGUGCUGGGAACACCAAAAAAGACAGACUGGCCUGAAGGCUACCAACUUUCAAGUGCAAUGAAUUUCCGCUGGCCACAGUGUGUACCUGAUAACUUAAAGACCUUGAUUCCCAAUGCUAGCAGUGAAGCAAUCCAGCUCCUGAGAGACAUGCUUCAGUGGGAUCCCAAGAAACGACCAACAGCUAGUCAGGCACUUCGAUAUCCUUACUUCCAGGUUGGACACCCACUAGGCAGCACCACACAGAACCCUCAGGAUUCAGGAAAAUCACAGAAAGGCAUCCUGGAAAAGGCAGGCCCACCUCCUCAUAUUAAGCCAGUCCCUCCUGCCCAGCCACCAACCAAACCACACACACGAAUUUCUUCACGACAGCAUCAAGCCACCCAGCCCUUUCUGCAUCUCACAUACCCCUACAAAGCAGAGGUCUCCAGGACAGAUCACCCGAGCCAUCUCCAGGAGGACAAGCCAAGCCCGCUGCUUUUCCCAGCCCUCCAGAACAAGAAUCCCCAGUCGAAAAUCACAGCUGGCCUGGAACACAAAAAUGGUGAGAUAAAGCCAAAGAGUAGGAGAAGGUGGGGUCUUAUUUCCAGGUCAGCAAAGGAUUCAGAUGAUUGGGCUGACUUGGAUGACUUGGAUUUCAGUCCAUCCCUCAGCAGGAUCGACCUGAAAAACAAGAAAAGACAGAGUGAUGACACUCUCUGCAGGUUUGAGAGUGUUUUGGACCUGAAACCCUCUGAGCCCGUGGGCACAGGAAACAGUGCCCCCACUCAGACGUCAUAUCAGCAGCGAGACACACCCACCCUGAGAUCUGCAGCCAAGCAGCACUAUUUGAAGCACUCUCGAUACUUGCCUGGGAUAAAUAUAAGAAACGGCAUACUCUCGAAUCCUGGCAAGGACUUUAUUCCACCUAAUUCAUGGUCUAGUUCUGGCUUGUCUGGAAAAUCUUCAGGGACAGUGUCAGUAAUCAGCAAAGUAAAUUCAGUUGGUUCCAGCUCUACAAGUUCUAGUGGACUGACUGGAAACUAUGUCCCUUCUUUUCUGAAAAAAGAAAUUGGUUCUGCUAUGCAGAGGGUACACCUGGCACCUAUUCCAGACCCUUCCCCUGGUUAUUCCUCCCUGAAGGCCAUGAGACCUCAUCCUGGGCGACCUUUCUUCCACACCCAGCCUAGAAGCACUCCUGGGUUGAUACCACGGCCUCCAGCCGCCCAGCCAGUGCAUGGCCGGACAGACUGGGCUUCCAACAGACAACUUCCUGGGGAAACCAAACCAUAUUCAUAAAAAAGUCAAGUAGCUGAUGUGCAGUUGAGAAAACUAGAGGACUGAAAAAACAAAUUCUAACUAGCAAAUGCUAUGAAGGACUCUUCCUCCCCGCUCUCUGAAAUGGGUAAAGGACUAAUUGUGUAUACAAGCUAUGCACUAUAGAAGGGAAUAUUAACCAUUUCUUUUGUCUCCAUUUUUGUUCUGACUGAGAUUCUGUUACAUGAAAAUAAAAUGCUACUUGUUAGCUGUAUUUUUUGUUUUUAUUGAAUUAUAAAAUGUAAUAUAAGACCAACAGAAAUGAUGUACCUGUAACUGUACCUAUCAGGACCAUACCUCAUUUACAAUCAGAAAGUUUACUGGGAUGUCAGGAAAUGAUACAGGGUUAGUUCUCAUUUCAUGCUGAAAUGAGACAAAAGUUCAGUGACAAAGGUGUGCUGUGGGGGUACUGAUGUGCCCCACGUAGAGCAAGCAGAGCAGGGAAAACAGCAUUUGCAUAAAACUACUCUUGACAUGGUUGUUCAUCUUACAAUAAAAUUUCAUUCAUCGGCCGGGCGCGGUGGCUCAAGCCUGUAAUCCCAGCACUUU